CAUCCGGCUGACGUAAAAAAGCAACAGCGAACAUAAGAGGGUUUCCAAUCCUCAGGCCCCACUCCGGUCCGCAUCCAGCCCUGACAUGUUCCUCCAGAUGUUCGCGCUGUUUUUGUGCGUACUACCGCCCCCGACCAACGGGUUCACGACGAACGGGUCGACCAGUCUGUUGACCAGUCUGUCAACUAACGGGUCAACCAGUUGGUCAACAAGUCCGCUGACCACGGGGUCGACCACCUACCUGAGGACUGACCCCGACUCCGGUGUCAUCCUCACCUGCGACCGCUGCGCGCCCGGCACCUACCUCCACGCGCCGUGCACGGGCACGCGGAAGAGCGCUUGCGCCGCGUGUCCACCGGGAUCGUUCACGGAGCUCUGGAACUACAUCGAGGCGUGCAUCCCGUGCGGCGCGUGCAGCCGGAACCAAGAGGUGCAAAGGCAGUGCUCGGCCGCCCUGGACACCGCCUGCCGCUGCGUCGCGGGACACUACCACGCGCCCGAUAUCGAUAUGUGCAUCCGACACAGCACGUGUCCCACCGGGUCCGGAGUGGUGUCUCAAGGGACCCCCACGGCGGACACCGCCUGCCAGCCUUGUGCGGCGGGCUCCUUCUCAGGGGCGGUGUCGGCGCGGGACCCAUGCCACGCCCACACCGCCUGCACCGGGGGGCGGGGCCUGCAGCUGCUGGCCGGGGGGGCGUGGUACGACAGCGUGUGCACCUCCUGCGAGGAGCUAAGAGAGAGGGAGUCUGUGGACUAUCUGAGGGACCUCCUCCCGGGGUUCCUGCUCCACCAGAACAUCCCGGUGUCCAGGCUCAGGCUGCUCCUGGCCGCCCCGCUCCCCGGGGGGGAGGAGCCGGGGGAGCUCCGCCUCCUCCUGACCCGCUGGGCGCUGGAGGCCCCGCCCCCGGCGCUGAGGAAGACCCUGCUGAGGCUGAUGAGAGGGAGACACGGACGCAGGCUGCAGAGCAAACUGAGACGCAUCGAGGGGAGGAGGAGGGAGCAGGAGGGCCGGUGUGGGGAGGAGUAGGGGAGGAGUAGAGGAGGAGUAGUGGAGGAGGAGGGCCGGUGUGGGGAGGAGUAGGGGAGGAGUAGAGGAGGAGGAGGGCCGGUG